AUAUAACGAGAAACUCUGAUGGUGACAUCUGAUGUAAGGGGGGGCUCUGAUGGGGACCCUGAUGUAAGGGGGUGCUCUGAUGGGGACCCUGAUGUAAGGGGGUGCUCUGAUGGGGAUCCUGAUGUAAGGGGGUGCUCUGAUAGGAACCCUGAUGUAAGGGGGUGCUCUGAUGGGGACCCUGAUGUAAGGGGGUACUCUGAUGAGGCCCCUGAUGUAAGGGGGUGCUCUGAUGGGGACCCUGAUGUAAGGGGGUACUCUGAUGAGGCCCCUGAUGUAAGGGGGUACUCUGAUGGGGACCCUGAUGUAAGGGGGUACUCUGAUGGGGACCCUGAUGUAAGGGGGCACUCUGAUGGGGACCCUGAUGUAAGGGGGUACUCUGAUGGGGACCCUGAUGUAAGGGGGCACUCUGAUGGGGACCCUGAUGUA